AUGAAGCUGCUCUUCUGGAAUAUCAGGGGUAUGAAGAAGGCCUCUGGUAAGAACGCCUUACGUGUUCUUGUGAAAGAAAAGGAUCCUGAUAUUCUUUGCAUUGCGGAGCCAAUGAUCGAGCAUAUUUCGGUUUCUAUUACAUGGGACUCAAUUACUGCUCAAAUCUCUUUCGUUCAUGCGAGUAGCUUUAGAGCUGAAAGAAGAUCUUUGUGGAUGAAGUUGAUGGCUGAUUCUCCUCAGUCCCCUACUCCAUGGGUAAUUAUGGGUGAUUUUAAUGCAACCUUGCAAUCUCAUGAGAAGAGAGGGCCGGGCAACUUCAGUAUGGGAUCGGCAGCUGAAUUUGGAGCCAUGGUUGAUGCUUGUGUUAUGGCUCAAGUGCCUUCUUUUGGACUGAAGUUUACUUGGUCUAACAACCGCCGCAGAGGUAAUGUUCACGCAGUGUUGGAUAGAAGCUUCUGUAAUGACGAAUGGAUAUCUCAAUUUCAGGACUGUGCCCAAACAGUCCUUGAUCGAAUUGCCUUUGAUCACGCCCCUAUUAUGGUGCAAUUAGACAUUGAAGCCAAUGGGUUAGAUGACCACUCUUUUGCUGGGGAAGCAGAUGCAAAAACUUCUUUGAUUAAAGCCUUGGAUUUGCAUGAAAAGCUUUGGGUGGAAAAGGCUAAGAUCAGAUGGAUGAAGCAGGGGGACAGGAAUUCUAAAUUCUUCCAUUUUUCUGCAAAAAUGAGAAGAAUUAGAAAUACCAUUAGAUGCCUCAAGAAACAAGAUGGGACCAUUGUGGAAGGUCGCGAACAGUUGGGAGACUACAUUGUGCAAUUUUAUGAGGAUUUCCACAAAGCCACCCCUACUAUAGAUCAUGUGGACCUUCUUGACUCCAUUCCCAUGGUUCUUCAACAAAACGAUAUUUUUUUCUUGGAUUCUAUCCCGAGUGAUGAAGAGAUAAAGAAGGCAAUAUGGGAGCUCGACCCGGACAGCUCUCCAGGUCCAGAUGGAUUUACAGGAGCUUUUUUUAGGAGAUGCUGGAAUAUUGUUGAAAGGGAGUUUGGAUUCUCUGAGAAAUGGGUUACAUGGCUGCAUCAGAUGUUGAUAUCGACUAAGAUAUCAAUUAUGGUCAAUGGAGGCCCGCAGGGGUACUUUGAUGUUGAGAGAGGCUUAAGACAAGGGGACCCUAUUUCUCCUUUACUCUUUAUUAUUGCGGAAGAGGUUUUGUCCAGAGGGAUUAAGUCAUUGAUUCACAUGAAUAAAUUGAAGCCGCUUCAGGGUCCAAGAGGCGUCCCUACCCGUAGUCAUAUCCUCUUUGCAGAUGAUAUUUUUAUCUUCUCCAAUGCCACUAUGAGGAAGCAGUGCAUCUCUGACAUUCUGGGCAUCCUGGUGUGUAAUUUCCCUACCAAAUAUCUGGGAGUAGAAAUUUUCAAGGGAAGAAUAAAGAAGGACACCUUGUUUCCGAUCAUGGACAAGAUUAAGAGUAGACUGGCAGGGGAGAUUGACAUGGUGAGGUCGAUCACUGUCAAGUGGGACACCUUGUGCAAGCCAAAGGAGGAAGGGGGUCUGGGAAUAAGGAGGCUUAGAGAUUCUAACAAGGCCAUGCUCUGCAAACUUGUUUGGAGAAUGAGAAAGGAGAAAUCUACUGCUGCUGCUUUUCUCAGAGCUAGGAAGGCUGUGUCUAUUAAGAACUUUGAUCAUUUUAUUGAAUAG